AUGGAACCUAGUUCGAGUGGAACGGCGGAGUUGCCGCGGACUCUCUCACGGAGGGUGGCUCCGUCGCGUGCGACCACCAUGAUGAUUGAUAGGCCAAAUGAAGAUGCUAGCGCCAUGGAUAGCGAGCUUGUUCCUUCGUCUCUUGCUUCUAUUGCUCCGAUUCUUCGCGUUGCUAAUGAAAUCGAGAAGGCUAAUCCUCGAGUUGCUUACCUCUGUCGCUUUCAUGCUUUUGAGAAGGCUCAUAGGAUGGAUGCUACAUCUAGUGGACGAGGUGUUCGUCAGUUUAAGACCUAUCUGUUACAUAGACUUGAAAAGGAAGAAGAGGAAACCAAGCCUCAGCUGGCUAAAAACGACCCUAGAGAGAUUCAGGCAUAUUACCAGAACUUCUAUGAGAAGUAUAUCAAAGAAGGAGAAACAUCAAGAAAACCGGAAGAGAUGGCCAGGCUUUACCAAAUUGCCUCUGUAUUGUAUGAUGUAUUGAAGACUGUUGUACCCUCUCCAAAAGUGGAUUACGAGACCCGUAGAUAUGCGGAAGAAGUUGAGAGGAAAAGGGAUAGAUAUGAGCACUACAACAUUCUUCCUUUAUAUGCCGUAGGGACUAAACCAGCAAUUGUGGAACUUCCUGAGGUCAAGGCUGCAUUCAGUGCUGUUCGCAAUGUGCGUAAUCUUCCUCGAAGAAGAGUUCACUUGCCAUCUAAUGCCCCUGAUGAAAUGCGCAAGGCUAGAACUAGGCGUUUCAAUGACAUACUUGAAUGGCUUGCUUCUGAGUUCGGUUUUCAGAGAGGGAGCGUGGCAAAUCAGAGGGAGCAUAUAAUACUGCUUCUUGCUAAUGCUGAUAUCAGAAACAGAAAUAAUGAAGAAUAUGAUGAGUUGAAACCUAGCACAGUCACCGAGUUGAUGGACAAGACUUUUAAAAAUUAUUGCUCAUGGUGUAAAUAUUUGCACUGUAAGUCUAAUCUCAGGUUUCCAGCAGAUUGUGAUAAACAGCAGCUGCAGCUUAUAUAUAUUUCCUUGUACCUUUUAAUAUGGGGUGAAGCCUCAAAUGUUAGAUUUAUGCCCGAAUGUAUCUGUUAUAUUUUUCACAAUAUGGCAAAUGACGUCUAUGGAAUUCUGUUUAGCAAUGUUGAAGCUGUAAGUGGUGAGACAUAUGAAACAGAGGAAAUUAUUGAUGAAGAAUCGUUUCUGAGAAAUGUUAUAACUCCGAUCUAUCAGGUCAUACGCAAGGAAGCCAAAAGGAACAAGGGAGGCACAGCAAGCCAUUCACAAUGGAGAAAUUACGAUGAUUUGAAUGAAUACUUUUGGUCUAAGAAAUGCUUCAAGAUAGGAUGGCCUCUGGACCCUAGUGCAGACUUUUUCCUAAGCUCUGACGAGAUAACCGCACAGAACGAGAGGCUGAAUCAAGUCACUUACGGGAAGUGCAGGCCUAAAACCAACUUUGUUGAAGUCCGCACAUUCUGGAACCUCUUCAGAGAUUUUGAUCGAAUGUGGAUAUUCUUUGUCAUGGCUUUUCAGGCUAUGGUAAUAGUUGGAUGGAAUGGUUCUGGAUCUCUGGGUGAUAUUUUUGACAAGGAUGUCUUCAAAAAAGUGUUAACCAUUUUUAUUACCUCAGCGUAUCUGACUCUUUUACAAGCUGCACUGGAUAUUAUCCUUAAUUUCAAUGCCUGGAAGAAUUUCAAGUUUUCCCAGAUAUUGCGGUACAUUCUGAAAUUCGCAGUAGCAGCUAUGUGGGCGGUGCUGCUUCCUAUUGCUUACUCAAAGUCUGUGCAACGACCUACUGGAGUUGUGAAGUUCUUCAGCACUUGGACUGGUGACUGGAAGGAUAAGUCUUUUUAUACAUACACAGUUUCAUUUUACGUGUUACCAAACAUACUGGCUGCUUUCUUGUUCCUUAUUCCACCAUUCCGGAGAAUCAUGGAGUGUUCAGACAUGCGAGUUAUCAAGCUUAUCAUGUGGUGGGCUCAGCCAAAACUAUAUGUUGGACGAGGUAUGCAUGAGGACAUGCUCUCUCUCUUCAAGUAUACCUCCUUCUGGAUUAUGCUACUAAUCAGCAAGCUUGCUUUCAACUAUUAUGUGGAGAUACUACCCCUUAUUACGCCAACAAAGAUGAUAAUGAAUUUGCACAUUGAUAAUUACCAGUGGCAUGAGUUUUUUCCACAUGCAACUAACAAUAUUGGAGUGGUUGUUGCUGUAUGGGCUCCAAUUGUACUGGUUUACCUGAUGGAUACUCAAAUAUGGUACGCCAUUUUUUCCACUCUGUUUGGAGGCAUACAUGGGGCCUUCAGUCAUUUGGGAGAAAUACGAACUCUUGGGAUGUUGCGGUCUAGAUUUGAGUCAAUACCAAUUGCCUUCAGCCGCACCCUCAUGCCAUCAGAAGAUGCAAAAAGAAAACAUGCGGAUGAUUAUGUGGACCAGAAAAACAUCACAAAUUUCUCCCAAGUGUGGAACGAGUUCAUUAUCUCUAUGAGAAGCGAGGAUAAGAUCAGUGACAGAGAUAGGGAUUUGCUGCUCGUACCAUCUUCUUCGGGUGAUGUAUCUGUCAUCCAGUGGCCACCUUUCUUGCUUGCUAGUAAGAUUCCCAUUGCUGUGGACAUGGCAAAAGAUUUCAGGGGAAAAGAGGAUGCUGAACUAUUUAGAAAGAUUAAGAGUGAUAGCUACAUGCAUUUUGCUGUUAUUGAGAGUUAUGAGACACUGAAGAAAAUAAUCUCCGCUCUACUGGAAGAUGAAGCGGAUAGAAGGGUCAUGAAUCAGGUGUUUUUAGAAGUGGACAUGAGCAUACAGCAGCAGACGUUUAUUUAUGAUUUCCGAAUGAGUGGAUUACCGCUCCUUAGUGAUAAGCUGGAGAAGUUUCUAAGUAUAUUGUUGAGUGACUACGAAGACCAGGGGACAUACAAGUCUCAGUUAAUUAAUGUCUUUCAGGAUGUUAUCGAAAUUAUCACUCAAGAUCUCUUGGUUAAUGGCCAUGAAAUUCUUGAAAGGGCUCGUGUUCAUUCUCCUGACAUCAAAAAUGAAAAAAAGGAACAGAGGUUUGAGAAAAUUAAUAUUCACCUCAUAGAAGAUAAAUGCUGGCGAGAGAAGGUUGUUCGGCUUCACUUGCUCUUGUCGGUCAAAGAAUCUGCCAUAAACGUUCCUCAAAACUUGGAAGCUCGCCGCCGUAUCACAUUCUUUGCUAAUUCUCUGUUUAUGAAUAUGCCUAAUGCUCCAAGAAUACGAGAUAUGCUCUCGUUCAGUGUUUUAACUCCUUAUUACAAAGAAGAUGUUCUAUAUUCAGAGGAGGAGCUUAACAAGGAAAAUGAAGAUGGGAUCUCAAUAUUGUUUUACCUACAAAAGAUUUAUCCUGACGAGUGGACCAAUUUUUUGGAUCGUGUAAAUAAUCCUAAGCUUCCUGAGAAAGACAAGUCAGAGUUCCUUCGAGAGUGGGUAUCAUACAGAGGUCAGACGCUAGCUAGAACAGUUAGGGGUAUGAUGUACUAUAGGCAGGCUCUGGAGCUUCAAUGCUACCAGGAAGUUUCAGGGGAAAACGCCAAGUUUAGUGUCUAUCAGGCCAUGGCAUCCAAUGAUGACAAUCAGAAGGCUUUCCUGGAACGUGCUAAAGCUCUUGCAGAUCUCAAGUUCACUUAUGUUGUUUCUUGUCAGGUUUACGGAAAUCAGAAAAAGUCCGGUGAUAUCAUCAACCGAAGUUGCUACACGAAUAUUCUGCAGCUCAUGCUGAAAUAUCCAUCAUUACGGGUGGCUUAUGUAGAUGAAAGGGAGGAGACAGCAAAUGCAAAAUCUCCAAAGGUCUUUUACUCUGUACUUCUCAAAGGAGGCAACAAGUUUGAUGAGGAAAUCUACCGCAUCAAGCUUCCUGGUCCUCCAGCUGAGAUUGGUGAAGGAAAGCCUGAAAAUCAAAAUCACGCUAUCAUAUUUACACGUGGUGAAGCGCUACAAACUAUAGAUAUGAAUCAAGAUAAUUACUUUGAAGAAGCUUUCAAAUUAAGAAAUGUGUUGGAAGAAUUUAAAAAGGAGCGUGUUGGCAGACGCAAGCCAACCAUUUUGGGUCUCCGAGAACAUAUAUUUACAGGAAGCGUUUCGUCAUUAGCUUGGUUCAUGUCCAAUCAGGAGAGUAGUUUUGUGACAAUUGGCCAAAGAAUAUUGGCAAAUCCUCUGAGGGUUCGUUUCCAUUACGGCCAUCCUGACAUAUUUGACAGAAUCUUCCACAUAACAAGGGGUGGUGUGAGCAAGGCUUCGAAAGUAAUAAAUUUGAGUGAGGAUAUCUUCGGAGGCUUCAAUUCAACUCUCCGUGGGGGAUACGUUACACAUCAUGAGUAUAUCCAAGUUGGAAAAGGACGUGACGUGGGGUUGAACCCUAUCUCGAUUUUUGAAGCCAAAGUAGCAAAUGGAAAUGGAGAGCAAACGCUAAGCCGUGAUGCUUACCGUUUGGGCCAUCGGUUUGACUUUUACAGGAUGCUCUCAUUCUAUUUUACGACUAUUGGCUUCUAUUUCAGUAGCAUGCUCACCGUGAUCACGGUUUAUGCAUUCUUGUAUGGACGUAUGUACAUGGUUAUGAGUGGACUGGAGAAAGAGAUCCUACGGCUCGCAAGCCCUAAUCAGCUCGAGGCACUUGAGCAGGCUCUGGCUACACAGUCAAUAUUUCAGCUUGGUUUCUUGAUGGUGUUGCCGAUGGUGAUGGAAAUCGGCUUGGAAAAAGGGUUUCGCUCUGCUAUUGUCGAUUUUUUCAUAAUGCAGCUGCAGCUAGCUUCCGUGUUCUUCACGUUCCAGCUUGGUACAAAGUCACAUUAUUACGGGAGAACAAUUUUACACGGCGGUUCCAAAUAUAGACCAACGGGGCGUGGGUUUGUUGUUUUUCAUGCUAAGUUUGCGGAAAACUACAGGUUAUACUCGAGAAGUCACUUUGUUAAGGGACUAGAGCUGCUUGUAUUGCUGGUCGUUUAUCAAGUCUAUGGGCAUUCAUACCGUAGUUCAAACCUUUAUCUGUAUAUCACGGUCUCGAUGUGGUUCAUGGUUGGCUCUUGGUUGUUUGCACCAUUCAUAUUCAAUCCUUCGGGAUUUGAGUGGCAAAAGACGGUUGACGAUUGGACUGAUUGGAAACGGUGGCUUAAUGAUCGAGGUGGUAUAGGUAUCCCAGUUGAUAAAAGCUGGGAAUCUUGGUGGAACGUAGAGCAAGAACAUCUCAGACACACGAAUAUAAGAGGGAGGAUUUUGGAAAUCACACUUGCUCUUCGGUUUUUCAUUUAUCAGUAUGGCAUUGUUUACCAGCUCAAUAUCUCUCAGAACAGCAAAAGCUUUUUGGUUUAUGGACUCUCUUGGGUGGUUUUGCUCACAUCAUUACUUGUUCUAAAGAUGGUAUCUAUGGGCAGACGAAGAUUUGGAACGGAUUUUCAGCUAAUGUUCAGGAUUCUUAAGGCACUCCUCUUCCUCGGCUUCUUGUCAGUCAUGACUGUGCUAUUUGUGGUGUGCCAACUCACACUCACCGAUCUCUCUGCUUCCAUUCUUGCUUUUCUUCCAACCGGUUGGGCCAUUCUUUUGAUUGGGCAAGUACUGAGGUCACCGAUCAAAGCUUUAGGGAUUUGGGACUCGUUGAAGGAAUUGGGAAGAGCGUAUGAGAAGAUAAUGGGACUUGUAAUCUUCGCACCAAUCGCUGUUCUGUCUUGGUUCCCCAUUGUUUCUGAGUUCCAAGCUCGUCUUCUUUUCAACCAAGCGUUUAGCAGAGGCCUUCAGAUCUCUAUGAUCCUCGCUGGCCGGAAAGAUAAAGAAGCUUCUUCGUACAAGUAAACCAAUAACACACUUACUCUGUUAGUUGGUUUCUUGGGUCUUAAGCUACAGCCGUUGUCUUCAAAACGUUGUCGUUUAAUAUAGUUCAAUAGUUGUCUAUAAUUUUAUAGGAUCUAAAUUAUACUAGUUGUUUCUUUGGACUGGGACACCUCAC